AUGUUCAAUGUGCCAGCGAAAGGUCUCACAGCUAUGGUUACAAAUGAUGAUGCGAUAACUCAAAUUAUUCAAUGCUUAUCGUGCGACUAUAUAUGUGAAGUAAGUAGAAAUGUCCUAUCAGCAAUUGAAGCCAAUGAAAAAGACAAUGAACGAAUAUUGGGAUUAAUAGGAAACCUUAUAGUAUGGGUUGUGUUUUGUCGGUUUAAAUCGUUACGGAUAAAAAGCAGUAUCUUGAUUCUCAAUUUGUCGUUAGCAGACCUUGGAAUGUGUGCUUUUGGUUUUCCAUUUGUGACUAUAGCAGCACUUGAGGGAAGGUAUGCCCAGUUGGUGGCAUAUCGUUCUCCGAAAGUAGACGCAUGUCGCGCCAUGUUGGCGUCUUUAGUCUCAGGAAAUUUUAAAAUGGAUUGUAAUUCAAGAAAGAUUUUCGACACGGACUUUAAGAAUUGUUCAGAAUUAGUUCAUUGGCAAGAGGAUCUCAAUUAG